CACACUGCAGGGAUGACAAGCUCAGAGUGCACACAGAGGCUGCUCCUGCAGAGUCUCUGGGACUGGUUGAGAGAUCAGCAGACUGUCCUCAGAUCUCCAUUUUUCCCAGUUUUGUUCUCCCUGACAGUUUACCUGAGCUGCUGUUUGCCUUAUGCCUGCCUGGAUUUGCUCUGCUCCAGACUGACCCUGUUUCGCCGCUUCAAGAUCCAGCCUCAGAGAAAAGUGACAUGGGUCAUGGCUUGGAGGUGCCUGCGUAAAAUUUUCCACAACCACGUGUGUUUCCUUCUGCCUCUGUCUGUCAUGCACUGGUACUGGAAACCUGUGGUUUCUCCUCCGCUGGCACCAGACGUGCCGUCUGUUGUCAGGGAUGUUCUGGCCUGCCUCCUCCUCUUCGACAUGCAGUACUUUCUGUGGCAUCUGCUACACCACAAGGUUCCCUGGCUCUACCAUUCCUUCCACAAGGAGCACCACCUCAACACUGCUACCUUCUCCCUGACCACGGAAUACACAGGAGUCUGGGAGAUGCUGAGCCUCAGCUUCUUCUCUAUGCUGAACCCUGCGCUGCUGAACUGCCAUCCACUCACAGAGAUGUUCUUCUUCAUCACUAACAUUUACCUGUCCGUGGAGGCUCACUCAGGCUAUGAAUUUCCCUGGUCUCCACAUAACCUGGUCCCAUUCGGCCUCUACGGAGGAGCUCAGCAUCAUGAUCUCCAUCACCUCAAAUUUAAGGUGAACUACGCUCCAUAUUUCACACACUGGGAUAGACUCUUCGGAACACUGUGGGAAGAGAAAACUCAGAACGAGGAGUAAAACACUGAGACUUUAAAGAGGUGAAGCACAUUUAUUCCUGCUAUGAACCUGCAAGAAGAGCACUAAUAAUGAAGGCUGAUUUUUAUACAACUUGCUGACGUUCUGUUGCACUUCAUGCUCAAAUAUGUUUGUCAACAUAUCUAUGUCCAGUCUAUAAUGUAGCCGUUUCAGUGCGCACACUAAGAAGGCAUUGCUGCUUAAACAGAAUCAGUGUUUUGAAGGAAAAAAAAAUGUAAAAACUCAGCUCACAAAUAAACCACUGGAUGUACAUACACCUGUGAUAAGCAAGAAAUCUUAAAUGAGACAGAAGUUGUCUUUUUACUCAUAUUUUUGUGAUUAAUUUGAUUCAAUCUGCACCAACUGACUAUAAGGACGGACACCAGAGAAGUGGACAAUACUGGCAUUUUUGCCCUUUUUCUUUUUUAGUGAACAGAAACAGGAAACUGCGGCUGAGAGAGAAAGGAAUGGCAUGUAGCAGCUAUCCCCGAGGCGGAAAGUGAACUGCGAGCACUGCGGUUAAAUGAAGCUACUGGUUAACCCCAGUCAUUGUAAUAUUAUUUCAUAUUCAAUUAAAACUAAAUUACUUUGGAAACUGUGGUGUUUUGUUG